CGUGUUUACAUAUUUUAAUUAUUAAGUAGAGGAUUAUUUUUAACGUAGUUCUAUCUUUUUAAUAAAUAAAGUAAUACAAGAAAAUGCAAAAAUAUUAGUUCGCAAUGAUUUAAAAACUUAACCUGUUAGAAACAUGUUGAUAAAGGAGUUAAUUCGAUUUUCAACGCAACAUCGUACGUUGCACUGUUAUUUGGUACUGAGCAUAUGGAUUUUUCUAUUAAUCGCCGGAAUGUACAAAUAUAUUGGUCAUAAUGGGAAUUCUCUUAGUAAUACAAUUCAAUUUCUUAAUGGACAACUGAAUUCUCCAUCGGGAGUUGCCAAUGCACAAUAUGCGGAUGAAAUUUAUCCUCAAAGGUCAGACAAAAGCAUUUUGAAAUAUAACCAAUUCAAGGAGCGUUGUGCUCCUUUAGAACAUUUGGUGCGUCGGGAUGAAGGUGGCAUAUUAGAUGGUUGGAAAUUGCAAGGCGUCCUAAUGGUCAUAAGGCAUGGCGACCGUGGUCCCAUGUCUCAUAUGCGAGGUGUUAUGGGUAUAGAUUGCAGCGCCGAAAGUAAUGGAUUAGUUAAUCGCUAUCGCAGCUUCCUUUACAAUUCCACAUCAUCCUCGAGCUCUAAUCACAUGUAUUGGAAUAAAAUGGGUCCGUUUCAUGGGUUUCCUUUGCUGCCAGCAUCCGAUCGUGCAUGCCUUUUAGGACAAUUGACUUUUAAAGGUGUCGCGCAAAUGUUGCAUGUGGGUGACAUUCUGCAUCAGAUUUACGCACACGCAUUGGGAUUGCUGACUAAACCAACAUUCAAUAAAUCCUCAAUGGGUGGGUCCUCGACGCCUAAUUCAUUGCUUAACUCGGACGAAGUUGUAGUAUUUUCUACACGCUAUAGGAGAACCUUUCAAUCGGCACUCGCUAUGCUCUUCAGUUUUUUACCAAAUGACAAGUGGUUAUCAUUAAAUAUCCGCGAAUCCCAGAGCAUGGCGUUUUGUUUUACUGACUGUACUUGUCAUCAAGCUGAACUUUUACUUAAACGCCAAAAUAAUGAACAGAAAUUAAAUUUGACACUUCAACCGGAAAUUAGUAAGGUUAUUCAAUGGGUAGGAGGGACUUUACUUCAACAUACUCCAAAUGGGAUCAACAAUGUUCAAGAUGUGAUGGACGUUCUAAACAUGGUUUUAUGUCACGAUGCUCCAUUACCCUGCCGACAAAUAAUUUCAAAUAAUUCACGAUUGUUUUCCACUACCCAGCUGAAUGCAAUCGACUUGAACGAUGUCAUUAACAUCGACCAAGAUGAAAACGCUGUAGAUCCUCACUCGGUACCGGAGCAUACAUUUAACGAAGAUCUUGAAAGUGACAAUUUGAUGGGAUGCGUCGAAGAUACACACGUCUCGGCUCUCAUGGCGUACGCAAAUUGGCAAUCAUCGUACGAAGUAGCGCAUAUGUAUUACAGACGAAUCGGCCUACUUCGAUCGUACGGUAUGAUCCGCCAUAUUGUUAGCUAUAUGCUGCGAAUGAUAUCCGGUGAUCGAACUAAAUUUGUUUUGUACUCUGGCCACGAUUGGACUCUGCAAUAUUUAACUGCUGCCUUGGGAAUAAAAACUGGUAGUACCUUCAUACCUUAUGCAACUCGAUUAGCUAUUGAAUUGUAUAAAAGCGAAACACACACAGACUAUUAUUUUCGGGUAGUCUACAAUGGUCGGGAUGUCACACAAGAAAUCGAGUUUUGUGAAGGUGGUAAAAGUUUAAGAGUCACGCGUGAUAGUCGUGGCAAUAAGGCGGAUCUUUGUCCGAUCGAGAAUAUUAUUCGAUUCCUUCACGAAGACUACUUCGCGUCUUUAAACGCGACGAAUUUCAAAGAUGCUUGUACUACAACGGUAUCAAAUAAAGACAUUAAUUUCCGAUAAGUUAAGCAUGCAGGGGUAUAACAAACACAAAAGUACUCAUCUUGUAUUGGUACAUUAAAUAAACGACUCUAACAAAUUGUAACUCAAACAUAUCAAUUGCAUACAUAUGCAUACAAAUAUUAUGUACUUGUAUAUGCGAUAUUUGCAUAUAUAGAAAUCUUAGAAUAAGCGAAAUACACAUGCACAUACAAAAGUACAUUUUAAUUUAUUGUUAAGGUAUAAGCACUUAAGUAUGUAUAUAUAUACAUAUAUACUAUUUACAUGAUAAUGUAAAUGUAUCUGUUCAUCUUAAAAUAAAUAUGA